AAGUCAGACUUGGACAAGUUGUUGACUAGAAUUCCCGAUCAACUUUAUAUUCAAGGGUUAGCCAGACAUCUUGAACUCAUAAUUCGCAUCAUUCUUAAACAAGUCAGCACCUUUGUUUAUUUCAACUGAAAGUCAACAAAUGCCAAAAGAUCAGUCAUAGAUCUUUUCCACAUUUGCAGUAGACUAGUCAAACGUAGAUGAAAUGAUUUGUGUUUUGAUGCAUUAUGUUUGUAACCAAUCCCUUUACCAUUUUUCCUUACCAUGUAUUCCCAUGCAAUGCUAACUUGGGUCUGACAUAAUAAUGUCGAAUGAAAGUUUUAACUUUGCGAAAGCCAUAUAUCUACCCGCAAAACAGUUUAACUGCCACAUAGAAAUAUUGCAUUGCUACGAUUCAGGACGUGUCUCGAAUGAGCAUUAGUAGGUUAAUCAAACCCCGCAAGCUUUCUUCAUAUUCAUGCGUUCGAUUGAAUGUGAUCUUUGUCCAACAAAAGCAGUCAUACGGUAACGAUUGCCAGCCAACGCGGACUCUCCACUCUUACCCGACCAGACCUUCGGGGGUUCUUGCCGGGAUCUGACAGCCAAUGAAUUCUCCAAUGAUUGUGUACAAAUAUUUUGAAGGAACAACGAAUAAUAUUCCAAAACAAUGAGUUUGGAUGAUCAUUUCCAUCAGAAGGCUAAAAAGGUCAGCGAGCGAAUGAUCCUAAUCCUUAACUCGUCCGUUCGGAGACAUACGAGUACAAGCCCCUCAUAGUUUAUUGAAGCCCUCCGCUUUUUCCCAAGGUUCCCUUUUGAGCUCAUUAAGGCCAGUGAGAGCGGAAUGAGCGUCAGAAAAUCGGAUUUAAAGGCGGCAAUCGUGCUUGAGUGGGCCCCUGAAUUGAAGGUAAUAGUAAUUUCCAAUUGGCAAUGGAUCAGCCAUGAGCUCCUCUGUGGCUCCCAGGAAUAAACCUGAGCAUGUUUCGCCCGAGCAAGUAUUCGAUUUCAUUUUCUUGAACGAAAAGGACCCACCUAAGCGAGAUGAAGGCUGGGUAAGUAGUCCUGGAACCACCCCCUCAAAUGACCCAAUGUUGGGCGACCGGCUCCCAUUAAAAACUGUGUCGUAUGUUCUGGCGGGGGCCUUCUUCCUGUUGGCCGUUUUAGUGAUUGUGGGCUUGACCGUGGCCCUGGUGAUUCAAAACCAAGACGAAAGCGACAUCAACACACCGAGCACGAGCUCACCCAAUACGAAUCUUCGGGAGGUGUUCCAAUCCAUAUCCUGGGGACCUUGGGGUGACUGGAGCCGGUGUAACCAGCCUUGCUCAGGAUUUCGGAAGCGUAAUCGCUCUUGCCUCUCAGAUCCGGGACCAUGUGCUCAACAAAGUAAAAACUCGACGUGGGAAUUGGAAACGUGUCCAUCGGAUCAAUGCAACGAGGAAGGCCUCAGUGCUGAGAGCAGCACUGAAAGUAGCCCUAAAAGCAACACUGAGAGCAGCACUGAAAUCAGCAUGUGGUCGGAUUGGGUGGAUCAAACCAAUUGUUCGGUGUCUUGUGGUAGUGGCACAAAAACUCAGACUCGACGUUGUCAAGGUCUUUCUUGUCCUGGAGUCGACCAAUCCUUACAACGAACGACUAAUUGCAACGCAGCAGAGCCUUGUGGAACUUGGUCGUCUUGGUCGGAAUGGGGAGAAUGUAGCGUUUCCUGUGGCAAAGGCGUGACUGUGGCCCAAAGAAAUUGCAAGAAUAUAAAUGCAGAAACCUCAAGCUUUUGCGAGGGGGACUCUAAUCAAACACGUCCUUGCGAGCAGGAUCCAUGUCCAAACCCAAUACUUUGUGGUCCCAUGAGUGAUGGAUCCAAGUCUCAAGAGCAAGCCAUUCGAUGGGCGCGGCAGACCACCAACCCAGAUAUUGAGUUGCGGGUAGUGGGCGGAACGGACGCCCUCCUAAACGAGUUCCCGUGGCAAGCAAGCAUUGAGAAGCGGCAAACGCAGCGGACGAGGUAUCAUCCGUUUUGUGGCGGGGUUCUGAUGAGCGAACUUUGGGUUAUGACCGCUGCUCAUUGCACAUUCGGCCAGACCUCAUCCUCAAUCCAAGUUGCUUUAGGAGAGCACAGCAUCGUCUCCACCACAGAAAGCGUCCGAUUGGUUCGCUCCGUCCAAGAAAUCUUGAAUCAUCCCGAAUACAACGAGGUGAACGUGGAUUUUGACAUAGCUCUUCUUAGGUUGAGCCAAGCGGUGAAUUUUGAAGAAUUUCCCCAUAUUCGACCGAUCUGCUUUCCAUCCGCACAUCCUGAUCCUGGCGAAGAAGUAGUUUUGGCAGGAUGGGGCCGAGAGGCAGAAAAUGCUCAAAAUGGUGCUGACGUUUUGCAAAAGGCGAAACUACCUGUGCUCUCGCGGGAAGAUUGCCUGUCCUACUACAGAGGGCUCGAGCUGACGCCCAGGAUGUUUUGCGCUGGUUACAAAACUGGAGGGCAAGAUAGUUGUCAAGGUGACUCGGGUGGACCUUUAAUCCUCAAGAAGUCCUCCAACUAUGAGGUAGUUGGAUUGGUUUCAUAUGGUUUGAAGGAUUGUGGAGCUGGGCCCGCCGUCUACACCAAAGUCACAGAAUUGAAGACAUGGUGGCGUCCUUUCCUGAAUUCCACAGAGUACCCCAGAACGGCAAAAUAGGAGCUCGCUCCCGAAGGAAAUCGUGAUCAGUGCUCGUCCAAUCCCAUUUCUUCUCAAUCAUGGGUGGAAUGGCCGAGGGAGACCGGUUUCUAAGGGAAAGCAAUCGCUCGAACCCGUUUUUUUUCCAACUCACACAUCUCAACCAAAAGAUAGUAGCGGUCAACGAAAGUGCUCAAAGCAGAAGUUUGUACCGAUGAACAAGUAAAAUUCGAGACGAACUCGCUCUCUCUCAUCCUCAAACUUGCUUGACUUUAAGGCCAACACAAACAGGCACUAAAAUACGAUACAAAUAGAAAAAAUCGCAUCCGAAACUUUA